AUGAAAACGCGGUCGCCGAGCGCGCCGUCAGCCGUCGGACAGGCGCCGUCGUCACUUUCGGGCGUCAAGAAGCGAAUGUCAAUGCGAAAAUUGGCGACAGGUCCUGGCGAUCAGAGUCUACUCAAAACGCAAACUGAAACGAGUGUUGUUCACACGGAAGGGGUCAAUCCGAAACAGGAUAUUGUCAAAACGCUUGCCAAAUGUUUAAUCGAGCAUACUUGGUUUCACGGUGUCAUGCCGAGAGAUGAGAUUUCCGAGCUAUUACAGAAAGAUGGUGACUUUAUUGUUCGCAAAACUACCGAAAAAGGCAAACCGAUAAUUUGCCUCUCGGUUCGACAUGGUCCCGAAGUUCGCCAUUUUCCGCUAUCAUAUGAGAAUGGGAUAUGGUUUUUGAAGAAUAUGGACAAGAAUCGCAAAUUUUUCGAUCUUGACGAACUUUUGAAUUAUCUCGUCACCGAGAGAUUCCCUCUUCCGCCGUCGAACGCCGUCUUGAUUCAAGCGAUACCCCGACCCGAAUAUUAUAUUCUUCACGACAAUAUUACACUCACCAAAAAAUUGGGAUCUGGAGCGUUCGGUGAAGUGUGGAAGGGUAAACUGAAAAAGGUUGUUGGUCCUGGAGACGUCGUCGAAAUUGAAGUGGCCGUCAAAAAAAUGAAGGGCAAUCCGACAAAAGCCGUAACUGCUGAGUUUGUGAAGGAGGCCAAGCUGAUGAGAAAACUGGUCCAUCGCAACAUUGUGACCGUCCACGGGGUGGCGCCGAGCGAGGAGCCGCUGAUGAUUAUCAUCGAGUUGGCGUCGAACGGCUGCCUCAAAGAAUACGUGAAGAAGCACAAAUGUCCAACCGAUCAACUAAUGCAAUUCGCCGCCGACGCUGCUCGUGGAAUGGCGUACCUCUCGUCGAAAUUGAUUAUUCAUCGCGAUUUGGCGGCGCGCAAUUUGUUGCUCGGCGCGCAAGUCGAAGUGAAAAUCGCCGAUUUCGGUUUGUCGGUGGCCGGAAAAAACGAGAUAAAGGUCAACAAAAUGAAAUUGCCGAUUCGAUGGCUCGCACCGGAGACGAUUGAUACGGGUGUUUUCACCGCCAAAACCGAUGUGUGGUCGUAUUCGGUCACACUGUGGGAGAUUUUCAAUCGAUGCGCUUCCGAUCCAUUCCCGAACAUGACGAAUCAGCAAGCGAAGGAGAAGAUUCGCACACUCACACCGCCGAUGCAGGCGCCGCCAGAAGCGCCGAUGGCCGUCGUCCGCCUCAUGCUCGACUGCUUCGAGAAAACGCCCGAAGCGCGUCCGACGUUUGCGCAGAUUCUCAAACGUUUGUGUCCGAAUGAGGACGUGUCGGAAUACGAGAAGAAUCCCGACGAAGCCAAAACUCAGUAUGGCGACGUUCCAGAUGAAUCGACAAAACAAGUUCGCCUGACAGUUUCGAAUCGUGUUAUUGCUCCGAAAAAGUCUGGAUCUGUCGGCCAAAUGCUCAAACCGAGCCCAUCAGGCGGUCCUUCCGUUUUGUCUCCGUCGACGGCAGCCUCGUCGACGACUCUCGUCAAAACUGCUCAACCAAAAGCGCCGGCCGAAUCCAAGCGAAAAUCGAUAAUGCCCAAAAAGAAAAAGAAAUAA